AUGUUGGCAUUCAUACCAGCCAGCAGUGUCCACCCCCACCUGUAUGAGGAGUACUGCACAUACCGAGGCCAUCGCCUGUGGGGGGCGUAUUUCUGCUCCUCUCUCUCAGUCUUCGUAGGAGGACUCGUUAUCUUGCUCAUCUGGAAGUUCGGGAGCCGAGCCCUCCGGGGAUUACGUGUCAUGCCCAAACACAACCGCACGCACCCACAGGGUGUUAAUCCAGAUGCUGUUCUCAGUCUGAGGAACUCAUUGAGAACGUGGGCGUUCUCCAUCAUCUCUGCUCAGCGCCGACCUGGAAAGAUUCUGACGCUGUUCACGUUUUGUGUGCAUCUUUGCUCGGUUGUGACGUACAUGAUCAUGACAGCAUAUCCAGUGGAGUACUGCAUGCAGGACUACAGCACUGUAUUUAUGGUGGACGUGGUCUUCAAUCUCUUUUACGUUGUAAACUUUGGCCUCAGGUUCAUAGCAGCCCAGGAUGAGCUGCUGGUGUGGGUGGAGCUGAAAUCACUCAUAGACUUCUUCACCAUCACUCCGUCCAUCAUCAGCCUGUUCACAAGGCGAGCAUGGCUCGGUUUGAAGUUCCUCAGAGCUUUACACCUUCUGGAGCUGCCCAGAGUCCUUCAGCUCCUCAACAUCCUCCACAGCAACACCUCACUGAAACUCACUCGGCUUAUCUCUGUUCUGGUUGGAUCUUUGCUGACCGCAGCUGGUGUAGUUCACCUGGUGGAGAACUCUGGAGACCCCUGGAGCUCCGUGCCCAAUACAAACCUUCUCACCUACUUCAACUCUGUGUACUUUCUGGUCGUAACCAUGUCGACAGUCGGCUAUGGUGAUGUGUGGCUCCAUACUGUCUCCGGCCGCUUCUUCACCAUCAUCUUCAUCACCACUGGACUGGGUCUGUUUGCCAGCUACGUUCCUGAAGUGAUUGGGAUUAUCAUUAACAGGAAGAGAUUUGACGGCAGCUACACAAACACUUCAGAAGAGACUCAUGUGGUGGUGUGUGGCCACAUCACUCUGGCCAGCGCCUCUGCGUUUAUGAAGGAGUUCCUGCACAAGGACAGAGGGGACGUUCACAUCAAGGUGCUCUUCCUGGGAAAUUUUCAUCCGGAUCAGGAGCUGGUGGCUUUCUUCAAUCUGCACUUCGUGCAGGCCUCGUUCUACGAGGGUUCUGUACUGGAGAGACACGACCAGGAGAGAGUGAUGAUGAGUGAGGCCAGUGCCUGCUUGAUUCUCUGUGAUCGCUUCGCUGAUGAUCAGAACAAUGAAGAUGUAGCCAAUCUCAUGCGAGUCAUUUCCAUAAAGCGCUACUGUCCCGACACCAGAGUGAUCGUGCAGAUGUUCAAACACAGCAGCAAGGCGUACCUGCAGAAUGUGCCGAACUGGGACUGGAGCCGGGGGGACGCGGUGAUCUGCCUGGCCGAGCUCAAACUGGGCUUCAUGGCUCAGAGCUGUCAGGUUCCAGGCCUGUCCACUCUGCUGGCCAACCUGUUCACCAUGCAGAGCGAAGUGGAGAAUGAGGGAAAUCGUUGGCAGAAUCUCUACAGAGAAGGUAUAUUUAAUGAGAUGUACACUGAGUACCUCUCCAGCUCCUUCAGCGGUUUGUCCUUCGCUCAGGCCAGCAAGCUUUGUUUUCUGAAGCUGAAGCUGCUUUUGAUUGGAAUCGAGUAUCAGAAUGGAGACGAUGAUCUGAGUGUUCUGGUGAAUCCUCCCAGCAGUAUAAAGAUCAAGAACCGAACUCUGGGAUUUUUCAUUGCCAGCAAUGCAGCUCAUGCAAAAAGGGCCAGCCUCUACUGCCUCAGGUGUCAUUCUGACAUCAAAGACCCGACCAAGAUGAGGCCCUGUACAUGCAACAACUGUAAAGAUGUGCCCUCCAGAAACUUCUCCACUGUCAAUCUGGGCUGCCGAAGGCCUUCUCUCGGAGUGCUGUCCUGCAGUCGCUCAGAUCAGCUGUGUGAGCUCGGCCUGACUGAGAAACAGCUGCAGCAGUGUGUGGGCCGAAUGGAGAGGGAGGAAGUGAAGCUGGACUCGACUGGAUUGUUCCACUGGUGUACACCGGUACCACUGCAGGACGUCACCCUGGUCAGGCUUUCGUACUUUGUUUUCAUACUUUUUAGAACAAAGUUGUCCUGAAAUCAAAAUACAAAAACAGUUCUGACCUA